AUGGCUAAAUUUACGUUAUAUUUUUGGGGACCAUUACUCGUUGUUCUCUGUUUUGCUCUACUUUCAGUUUAUGGUCAAUUUCGUGUUGUUUCAUGGAUUAUAACAAUUUGGAUUUUUGGUUCACUUGGAGUCUUUAUUUUGGCUCGUGUUCUUGGUGGAGAGUUAAUGGGUGUCAUAUGGUCAACAUAUUCAGCAGUAACAUUAUUAUGUGUUGAAGAACUUCAACAAAAGAAAGCACUUCUUUAUCCAAUAUUCUUACUUUAUAUUUAUUUUCUUUCACUCUACACGGGCGUUUAA